GCUUCAAUCGAAUAGAAGUAUCUAAUCCAAAUGCUCUUCUUCUAUAUUUGCUUCUCUGACAUUCGGUAUAUAUCUAGCAGUGCCCCGAAACUGAUAACUUGUAAUCUGUGAUGUCUCUUGGAAUGGGUUUGUUGUGUAUCGUCUGCAAGGCCAUAUGUAAUAAGUUUUAAUUUAUUAUAGAGUAGAAUACAUUCUUCGUGUUUAUGAACAUUUACCUUUAUUCAUGUUACUGUUUAUACUUGCAAUUACUCGCACUUACGAACAGUAGAAGAGUACAUUUUUAAAGUGUUUUUUUUUAUCUACCGUCUUUAUCACAAGGUUUCAUAUCACUUGUCAACUGCUUCAUUUAUUUCAAGUCUCAGAACAACAGAAAUAGCCUUUAAACCAAAGUUAGUCAGCAUUUAAUAAUGGAUAUUGCCAAAUCACUGUUUGGAAAUAGACCGCACGAAGGAUAUGCAGGCAAGGAAGAUUACAAUAUGAAAGUUGAUACAGCUUUAUCUGAAGAUGAAGGAGAAACAGAUACUUCAUAUCUUGGGGAAGGCACAGAAGGACUCAGCAUUAAAGCUGACAGUGUAACACCAACACCAGGAGGGCCAUUUUCUGCCCUGACACCAUCCAUGUGGCCUCAGGAUAUUCUUACUAAGCUUGGGCAACAACCUGAUGAUCCUAAUUCACAGCCUGAAUACAGGUUUGAUGAAUUUGGUUUCCGAGUGGAAGAAGAAGAUGGCCCUGAACAAAAUUCUAACAAACUGUUAGGAAUUCCAUUUGUUGAAGAUCCACAGCACAGACUGCAGUGGGUAGCGCACUUGGAGUUCAGUCAUAAUAAGGAAGUCUGUGAUUUAACGUGGGACAAGGUAGAAGUAAGACUGCCUCGGACAGAGAAAUUGCGCUCAAUGGUUCGAGCAGGAAUACCUCAUUCUCUUCGUCCUCAGAUGUGGAUGCGUCUGUCAGGUGCAUUACAGAAGAAAUUGUCCUCUGAAAUGAGCUACAAAGACAUUGUGAAGGCUUCCAGCAAUGAUGUACUUAUGACAUCUAAGCAGAUUGAAAAAGACUUAUUACGUACCAUGCCAGGAAAUGUAUGUUUCAGUCAUCUGGAUAGCACAGGAAUACCUCGACUCCGCAGGCUGUUGCGAGGGCUAGCAUGGCUUUACCCAGACAUUGGGUACUGCCAGGGGACUGGUAUGAUGGCUUCAUCACUACUGUUGCUGAUGGAGGAGGAUGAUGCAUUUUGGAUGUUGAGCACCAUUGUGGAGGACAUUCUGCCAGCAUCAUACUAUUCGUCUACACUCCUAGGGAUACAGGCAGACCAGCGUGUGCUGAGGACCCUGAUCUGCAACUACCUUCCAGAUGUGGAUGUGACUCUCAAAGAGCAUGACAUUGAGCUCAGUCUCAUCACUCUGCAUUGGUUCCUUACUUUAUUUGCAUCUGUCGUUCACAUGAAGAUACUUUUGCGUAUAUGGGAUCUUUUCUUCUUUGAUGGUUCCAUUGUUUUAUUCCAAGUUACGCUUGGCAUGCUCAAAAUUAAAGAACCAGAUCUUAGGCAGCUGGAAAAUUCAGCAGAGAUUUUUAAUGCUCUCUCAGACAUACCAGGUGACAUUGAAGACGUCGAUCAUCUGUUAGAUAUCUCAUUUAUGGUGGCAGCAUCACUCAGUGAUAUGGUGAUGGAAACUCAUCGACGGCGCCACCUGGCAUACCUGAUGGCUGAUCGAGGGGCACUAGUGGGGAACCCUGAAGCUGCACGAAAUCUUCCGAAACAGCAUCUUAGCAGACGACAAAUCAAGAAAUCAAAGUCUGUGAUACAACUUCUCUUGUUUGGAGACGAGACAAAUGAGGAUGAUAUCAAAUCAAAAAACAUUCGCCAGACUGAAAUACUUGUAGAUUUGCGUGAGGCAAUUCUACAGGUGGCUCGUCAUUUCAUGUCAGUGGAUCCCAAACUGAACAAAGUGGCACUGGUGCCAGAUUAUAGUAUGGACAGUCAUGCCCGUGACCAUGACAACUACGUCAGUGUUUCUCGCACACGUAAGAGACGUGCUAAAGCCCUGCUUGAUUUUGAGCGACAUGAUGAUGAUGAACUUGGCUUUCGAAAAAAUGAUAUCAUCACAAUAGUCAGCCAGAAAGAUGAACACUGUUGGGUUGGUGAACUCAAUGGAUUGCGAGGUUGGUUUCCUGCCAAAUUUGUUGAGCUGCUGGAUGAACGCAGCAAACAGUAUUCAUGCGCUGGAGAUGACAGUGUGUCUGAGGCUGUUACAGAUUUGGUCAGAGGAACACUCUGUCCAGCUGUAAAGCAGGUACUUGAACAUGGUAUGAAGAGACCAAAUUUUCUCGGGGGCCCUUGUCAUCCAUGGCUUUUCAUUGAAGAGGCAGCUGCCAAGGAGGUAGAAAGAGAUUUUAGUUCAGUGUAUAGCAGAUUGGUGUUGUGCAAGACGUACCGUUUGGACGAGGAUGGCAAAGUGCUCACACCUGAGGAGCUUUUGUACAGGUGUGUACAAGCCAUAAACCUAUCACAUGACAAUGCACAUGCACAAAUGGAUGUCAAGUUACGCAGCUUAGUGUGUCUGGGACUGAAUGAGCAAGUACUCCAUCUCUGGCUUGAGGUUCUUUGUUCCUGUGUUGAAGUAGUUCAGAAAUGGUACCAGCCGUGGAGCUUUGUAUACAGCCCAGGCUGGGUGCAGAUCAAGUGUGAACUCCGGAUCCUCUCUCAGUUCGCAUUCAACCUGAAUCCUGAUUGGGAAUUGCCAGCAAGGAAGGAGCAAUCGCAACCGCUGAAGGACGGAGUCCAAGACAUGCUGGUGAAGCAUCACCUGUUCAGUUGGGACCUCUAGGGCUCAGAAUCUUGUCUCUUCAGCUGGGACCUUUGAGCUGAAUGAACAUAUUUACUAAGCUAUUUGAUUUGGUUCUGUGUGUAUGGGACUCUUGUUGGAAGAUAUUCCUGUUAAGUUGGUGGUGCAGUUUGUUCAUAUUUGAAUUAAAAUUUUAGAAGAUAGAAUUAAUCAUCAACCUUUACUUUUCAUAGCACAGUAUAAAAUAGUAAAAUUAAAAGGACUGUCUGUUCUAACAUAAUAACAUACAGUAAUGACAUAUUUAAAAUUAAAAUAUGCAAUAAAGUAUUGAGCUAACAGCACCACAGGCAAAGCUUUAGUCUAAUCACUGCAAAGCAAUGUGGUAAUUCAUGUACCUGUUUCCAACAAAAAUAGGAACCAUACAUACAUGCUAUUUAAUAUUUUGAGAAGAAACCAAUGUACAUUCCAGUUUUCUUCUAUCUGUUAGUGCUUCAUAAUGUCCACUACAUAUUACAUUGGCAGGAAACAUGUGGCACACUUACCUAGUUCUGCCAGUGAACAAAAAUCCAUCCAACCACACUUAAGCGAUAUACAUUUCAGAUGAACAAAAAUUUGUUGUUCAGGUCAUGGUUUGAACCUGCAUAUUCUGUUGAAUAGGUAGGUACUUUGGGAGACUCUCUCAUAGGCAGCAGAAGGAGUUGUGUUUGUAAGAGGUAUAGCUCCAUAAAUGGUCAUAAAUAGAAAGUAAAAAGAAAAAUCAUCUAAUACUUCUUAACAUUUAGUAUCAUUCUAUUAGUAUAAAAAUUGUAAUUUUUAUUAAUAUCAUAAUGCUUCAUUAUAACUUAUCUAAUGCAUAAAGCAUUUGUUUAUUUAUGCUAAAAAGGUCCUGUUAAUGUGAUUGAUAUUUUUCCAGAAAGAAGUAUUUAAUUGGUUUCUUUACAAGAUGUGUUUUGAUUGUUUGUUCUCAGAGAUGUGAUUUAGUGGUUAUAAAAUAAGUAUUAACAGUUUUUUGAUUAUUACAAAUGUAAUAUCAGCUUAUUUUAGAUAAUUUUCUGGAAGAAUAUCAAUGGGUGAGUAUGAAAGUAAGGCCCAACAUUAUCCAGAUAUGCUUUUUAUGUGUAACAUACAUUCAAAAUCAUUUCCAAAUAUUUUUUUGUUCACUACUUCUCACUGCAGGAGCUUUAUAAGCCACAGGAUCUGCUUUGCUUAGUCCUUGGAUUGCAACUGUAAACUAGAGAACUGACCAUGAAUAUUAACAUUAAAUAGGAACUGUUUUCAAUUACAGUGAAUGUCUUAUGUUAGAUGUAAUAAUAUUCAUUUGUUUAUAACUAAAUAACUCCAUGGAGUAGAGUCCUUGAGAAGCUAAUAGCAUGCUCAGCUAAUCAGGGAAGUUCCUGCAUUUUAUGGUGCACAAAGAUUUAUUGACAUUCACACAAGAGCCUAACACUGGUCCCUAUCCUGAACCAGAUGAAUCCAAUCCACACACCCAAACCUGAUUUCCCUAAGAUCGAUAUUAAUAUUUUCUUAUCAUCUACGUCCAGGUCUUUGAAUGGUGUGUUUCCUUCAGGUUUUCCAACCGAUGUUGUAUAGAUUUCUCAUCCCCCAAUGCAUGCUACGUGCCGUGACUGUC